GGCAACAGCCGCUGCCCUCUGCUGCGACGGUCACGUGGCGACUGUCAUGGCGGCCUCCAUGCUCUGCGCCGCCCGGAGGCUCCUGCUGCGGCUCGGCCCGACCCGGCGCCGCUUCCGCACCGCUGUAGCCUCCCAGGCAGAAGAUGAGAACUGUGCGGCAGAACCAGUGAAAGUGGUGUUUGUAGACCGAUGUGGCCAGAGGAUCCCCGUGCAAGGCAGAGUGGGGGACGAUGUUCUGCGCUUGGCUCAAAGGAGUGGCAUUGACCUGGAAGGAGCCUGCGAAGCCUCUCUGGCUUGCUCUACCUGCCACGUCUACGUGAGCCAUGACUUUGUGGACAAGCUUCCCACCCCGGAUGAACGGGAGGAGGACAUGUUGGACAUGGCUCCUCUGCUCCAGGAGAACUCCCGCCUGGGCUGUCAGAUCAUCCUCUGCAAAGAACUGGAAGGAGCAGAAUUCACCCUGCCCAAAAUCACCAGGAACUUUUACGUGGACGGACAUGUCCCCAAGCCGCACUGAGGGCACCAGAGCUGUGGGCCGGACCAUUCAUUCUUCAGAGUGGGGCUGACCGGGGUCACCUCAGGAGGCUUCAGAGAGAGCAGAGCAGGCGUGGGUGAGGCAGGCAUGAUUCUGGAACACAAGGAAAUUGCCUUGGGCCUCCAGGGGUAAAGAAGAGGGGGCUGAAGGAGGGACUGCAGAGCCACCAAGUGGAGCCAGGGGCAUGCUUCCUACAACUGUCAAUCUUGCUGUGCCACCCCCCCACCCCACCCCCCAUGCCUGGGCUAAACAAAGUUUCCUCCCUCGCACCAGAAAGAUGCUGGAAGAGAACCACCCUUGACUCUCUUCAACAUCCUACAGGCCGCAGUAGGAGAGAGGAACUCCCAACGAAAUACCUGCAGUCUUUUUAAGGGAUAUAAGGUUACACGGCAUGAUUAAAUGUGGUGGGUGUCUGCAGGGAAAGGUUGGCGUUAUUAUUUCACAGGCACUUUGAUUGUAUUCUUUCCGGAUCCUGUUCCCCCCUCACUGUCACACAAAGGAUGCUUUUAAAACUUUUGGGGUUUUGUUGUGUUUCAUCUCCUGUUUGCCUUGGGUGUAUGUCAGUUUCUGUGGCAACUCAUACCUUCUGACUAAGAAACAGGAGGCCUUCUGCUUUGGAAACUAAACACGUUGUGAAAAGCAAGAUGAUGUGUCUUUUUCCCAUCGUGCUCCGUUUGGUGGGUAUAGGGCACACGUCUCUUAAAUUAAGAUCUACUUCAAAUUAUUUGGUUCAAGAUGCCGCUGGCCAUUGUUUUUAGUACUUAUUUUUAUUUGUUCAAUAAAAAAACAUUUGUUA